CUUUUGAAGUAUGAUAAAUAGUAUGAAUCUUGAACAUGCCCUGGGGAUCAAAGCCAAUAUCUGGUCAAAGAUGAGACACUUGAGAUUUGGGUUCUUUGUUGAUACAGAGUGAAUGUUCUGAAGCGUUCGUGUGUGGAGUCAGCUGUAGCGUACUGUUCAAAAAUCAAGAGAUUAAAAAUGCUUCUGGCAUCCCUUCAAUCUAGAUGCUUCUUAUGUAUUCGGAAGCACAUUUAUCGUCUUUUGGUUUUAGAAAGCGAACUUAAAGAAAGAAAUUUUAUGCUCGUCUAUUAUUUUGUAUUUUUUCUUUUUUUCACACAUUUAAUUGUUUCAUCCGAAAUUCAUGAAAAUCUUAAACAUUUGACAUGCUCAAAUUUCAAAUGCUAUUCUUGCAACAAAAAGAACAAAAGCAAACAAACACUUUUUGGAACGCCUUUUUAAAUACAAACAACACAAGCACAAACCAAUCGAAG